AUGGCGGUAGUGUAUGAAGGAUCGGUUGAGGGAAUGACAGGCGUGGGGGAACUCCUGUCAGGGCUAUUGGAUCAAUGGCCGGGUGUUAGAGUCUCCAAGGAGGUUGCUGAAGAAAGGUAUUUUCAGGGUUUAGGGAGGGGGUGUUAGUGGUUGUAUUUGCAGCAGAUUCUCCCCAGUGUAUGGGCCAUGGGGGUCAGGGUUAUAUUCUUGGGGAGAUGGGAUGAAGACUUGUUCAGACUCGGUGCAGUCUUAUCACAGCAGAGGCUUCUGGAAGGGAAUUGUAAUGCAGGUAGGCCAGAGGGUUGUUGGCUAUGUUCAUCGUGAAGUUGAGAGGCAUUGGUGGAGCGCUCGUGAUCUGAGUGUGAAAUUUCAGGGAUAG